CUUCCAGCCCAAGCUCGCCCAAUGCCAGCGACCAGCCGCCAAGGUUAGAAGGUGCACAUUUGUUUUGUAUUGUAUUUGACGGGAGAGGGCCUAAGCAUGGGAGCUCCCAAACAAAGAUGGACUUCUGAGGAAGAUGCUGCUCUUAGAGCUGGAAUAGCAAAGCAUGGAGUGGGAAAUUGGCGCAUGAUAUUGAAAGAUCCAAAAUUUAGCUCCAUCUUGCGCUACCGCUCGAAUGUGGACUUGAAGGACAAGUGGCGCAACAUCAAUGUACUUUUCCCCGGAUGUGGUUCUCUGGAGAAGGGAAGGAGUACCACUAAAAAGAAUCAAGCUACUCCUAAGAAUACCGAUCACCAGAUUGCAAACAGCACAAUUACUUCUGAUGUUGAUGAUGAAAUUGUUGAACAAAAACCUAUGACAUCAGUGUCUAGUCAAGUGUGGAAUAGUUCAAUUGCAAAGAGACCUCGCUCAAGGCUAAACAAUAUCAUAUUGGAGUCUGUAAAGAACUUGAAUGAGCCUACAGGGUCGCACCAAACUACUAUUGCUAAUUACAUAGAGGAGGAAUACUGGCCACCUAGUGAUUUUGAUCACAUAUUGUCUGCAAAACUGAAGGACUUGACCACCAGUGGAAAAUUAAUACAGGUGAACCGGAAGUACAGGAUUGCACCUGAUUCACUGUACUCUGAGGAACGUAGCCCCAAAAUGCUGCUUCUGGAAGACGUACAAAGAGAGUCCCGCGGACUAGAGAGAGAUGAUAGUAAAACCCUAACGAUAUCUGAAGUUGAUGCUGAAUUGGCUCGUAUGGCAACCAUGACUGCAGAAGAGGCUGCAUACACUGCUGCCUGUGCAGUUGCAGAGGCAGAGGCUCUCAUGGUUGAAGCUGAAGCAGCAGCAAGAGAAGCAGAGGCAGCAGAAGCAGAUGCCCAAGCUGCACAAGCUUUCGCUGAAGCAUCAUCGAUGACAAUAAAGAACAGAAAUAUUAUGGAACUGAUGGCCCAGUCCUAAUGCUGCUCGGAGCUUCUCCGCCCAGCAUUGCUGCAGAGUGCAUCUACCGUCUGGUCGUUUCUACUGUACAUGCCUACUGUAGUUUGAUUAACAGCAGUUUCCCCCGGGUCUCAUCAGCUCGUGUUCCUGGAACAAUGUUAGCCACAAUGCACCAACAGCGCCCCUCUCCUAAGAAUCCCACAUACCCUUGGAGGUUGGAAUAUCGUUUCCGGAACUCA